UACAGACAGACGGACAGACACUCAGACGACGAGACGGACGGCUGUCUGUCUGAGCGGGAAAACGUCUCUCAUUUAGCCGUCAUCCCUCUUGGGUCGUUGUUACAACGUCGAGAAGGGUCAAACAGGCCGAGGCUUUAAAGUUUCCAACACUUGAGUUAUUAUACAGUAAUGUGUUGAAAAGUUAUUUGUCAAGGAAAAGAAGCAAAAUACAAGCAGUAGGAAAUGGAAGGAACAUCUGAUUCUCAAGAUCCGCUCGUUAUUCAAGAUUUAGCUGAUGCCCCUCAAGCCCAUGAUAAUUCAGGUUCAGAUGUAUCAGACUGCCAUAAAAGUACUGAGACACUUUCUUUAAACCCUGAAGCUGGUUCACCAGUAGAGUCUCCACCACCCCUCCCACCAGAGCCAAAAGUGCCUAAUAAUAUGUCUUCCCUCAAGCAUGAGCCUCCUACUACUGCCAGUGGCACAAAUGACCUAAACGAAAGCCAGGAAGAUGUAGGUUGGAGACCUCCUCAUUUGGAUAAUUGCAGGAUUAGCAGCAUGGGGUUGCUUGAUCUCAAUCACAGGUGAUAAAGCACUUCCUGGAGGAAAUUUUUUUAGUUUAAUAGUGCUCUAUAUAAUGGCAAUACUGGGCGGUGAAGCUGUCCAGCUUCUUGGGCUGCCAUCUCUUCUUGGUAGCCUUUUAGUUGGGAUUUUUUUUAGAAGUAUCCCAGGACUCGAUGUCAUUGGAAGCAACAUUGACUUCCAGUGGUCAGCAGCACUGAGGGGUAUUGCUCUAGUAAUUAUUUUAAUACGUGCUGGGUUGGGCCUGGACCCUGUUGCCUUAAGAAAACUUAGUUUUACUGUUGUACGACUCGCAUUUUGUCCAUGUAUAAUGGAAACUGUGUCAACGGCAGUUGCUGCAUGGUUACUCUUAGGACUCCCAUGGAGUUGGGGUUUUAUGCUAGGGUUUAUCUUGGCUGCAGUUUCCCCAGCUGUAGUGGUUCCUUCUUUAUUAAAACUUGGUGAAGAAGGCUACGGUGUAGAUAAAGGAAUUCCCACAUUGGUCAUUGCUGCUGCUAGCAUUGAUGAUGUGUUAGCAAUCUCAGGCUUCAGCGUUAUGCUUGGAUUAACCUUUGCUGAAGGUUCACCUACAUGGACGAUAUUAAAAGGACCAAUCGAGAUAUUUGUUGGAAUCAUGUAUGGUGUGAUCCUUGGCGUUUUAUGUUGGUACAUACCAUAUAGAGAAAAGAAAAACAGACCCUUGUAUAAACUGCUACUCCUCUUUGUACUUGGUUGUUUGGCUCUCUUUGGCAGUCAGAAGGCAGCAUUAGAAAGUGCUGGGGCUAUAGCUGUCUUAACAGUGGCUUUUGUUGCUGGCCUUGGAUGGAGAAAACCAGAAACAGAGGAUCCAGAGGUUGAAGAUUACUACAAGAGCAUUUGGGCAUACGUUAUGCCUCUUAUGUUCAGUUUAAUUGGAUCAGAAAUUAAUGUUGUUGCUAUUAACCCUGACACAAUUGGAUGGGGUCUGCUGAUGCUGCUGAUUUGCCUAACAUUACGAGUUAUUACAUCAUUUUUUGUUGUGAUGGGGGGAGAAUUUAAUAUUUGGGAACGUCUCUUUAUUGCCAUUGCCUGGCUCCCUAAAGCAACUGUUCAAGCAGCAAUAGGGUCUAAAGCUUUGGACCAUGUCCGUUUAACUAAUGGUAGUGCAGAAGAUAUUACAAGAGGAGAACAAGUUGUUACGUUAGCAGUGAUGGUGAUUCUAGUGACAGCACCAAUAGGUGCUGCAGCAAUAAAGCUUACGGGUCCGAAACUCCUUGCAAAAAAGGCUAGUGCCCAGCGAUCUGCAGAUGAUCCAGAAACAACAGUUUAGCAUAAUUAUAUGGGCUUUCUUUUACUACUUUUUUUAGAAAUUAUUUGUAAGUGGAACUGUGCAAUAUAAAAGUGUGAUUUGGUUUUUUACUCAAAGAUUUUUAAACGUCAUUGGUUAAGAGAAAAUAUGUAUGCUUACUAUCUUAGGUUUAAUUGUCUUUUUUACUGAGGUGUUAUAAUUUAUGGAUGACAGGAAAUAUUGAUAAAGUACUGAUAUAGUAAUACUAUCUUCAAAAAGCGUUCAGAAAGUAAAGCCAGCUGAUAAAACUACAUUAAACAGUCAUGGUUCUCCACAUCUAUUGAAUCCCUACUUUUAUUUUGCAGUUAUUCACACAUUUAGGCAGACACUGAAUAAUGUGGUGAAAGUAAAAUAUAUGCUUUCAAUUAUUUCAGAAUUUUUGUCUCUUAAUAAAUUUGACAUUUUCUGUCAUGGUAGAAUUUAAGAAUCCUUUCCAGUCAUUUAUAUAUUGCAUGUGAAAUAUUAGUACUAUCUCAGUCUGAGAUAAGAUUUUUUCGGUUUAGCUAAAAUGCAAGUUUGGCAUUAAUUUCCUCAUAAUUUUUUAUAUUUAUAUUUUAUUGGUAUUCCAUUAUGUUUCUCUUGAAAUACAUAUUUCAGAUGUUUUUUUUAUUUAUGUUGAACACAAAGCAUACUAUAUCUGAUGAGAGUUUAAUGUCUAGAUCAGUUCAUUAAGGGAAUUAUAAAGUAUAAAUUCUCUUUGUUGAUCAUUGAUUUAUUUACUUGUGACUGAAUGCCAAAAAUAUCUUGCUUUUAAAAGAUAAAUGCAUAUGUGAUGUUUUUAUCUGGUAUCAAAUUUCUUAAGAGUUUUUAUCAUCAUUCUCUGUAGUACAGCAAAAACAUGUACUCACAUAAUUGUUUGAUCCAGUCUGAAUUAUUGCAUUUAAUUAGCCUAAUGGGAAUAUUUGUAAAGUAUUUUACAAAUAUGAUAGUUUAGAAUGGUUUCAUACUGUAUUUGACAUAUCAUUACAUUUUUGUUAUUCUGUUUAUCCCAAGGGAUAAGAAGGAGAAGUAUGGUCAUAAUGUAAGUUUAGAGCUAUGAGUUGAGUUUCUAUAGUGUGGAGUUUCAAGGAUGUAAAUGAUAUAAAAUUUCAUCAUGCAGUUUUGCAUUCAUAUGAACUAUUAUACAGUGAUUUGAGUGUUUGUGUGUUUGGAGAGAUGUUUGACUUAAAACACAUGUUUGUGCCAAACUGUAUCCCUAUAGUUUUAUGUAGUUGUCAUGAGAAUUGUACUUAAGUUUUUCAAGGGUUAUGUAUGACAACUGAACGGGAACAAGAAGGCCUAAGGGUACUGAGUAUCUGUGAGACACCAUGUUAUAAAAUGUGUACCAUACUUAACCAAAGUACUUUUCAAAACAAAAGCUGUGUUCUUACUUAAUUUUAAGUUAUAUCUUUAUAUUGAAUAGAUGUUGGUUACUUACUUUUUACGUAAAAUGCGGUUUUACAACUAUUUUAUCAGAUGACAGCCUUUUUGGAAUUAAAUCAACAGAAAUUCAAGAUGAAGAUUUAGUAAAAAAAUUUCAGUAGCAUUGAGAAUAUUAUUAACCAGGUGUUUUGAAAUGAAGAGUCAGUAAAAACACUUGCUUGAGGUAUCAUGUUGAGAUUAAAGGAGUGAAUUUUGUAGUUGACAAAGUUAGUGCCAACUCUGGCUUGUGUAACAUAUCCUGUGUGUGACACUGUCCAUCUUCCCAGCAAUUUAAACUUUGGUGUCAAGGAACUUAAGAUAACCAUGUUAUGAGAUGGAUCUUAAGCUGCUAUAGGUAUCUGUCACUGCCAAAAACUUAUUCACUCAUGAAAAUGAGUCAAGGUUGAAUGGAAUUCUACCAAACACUAUUUAGGUCCGUGCCAUAGAAUUACAGUAAGUCCAAUAUGCUUGAUCUUAUAGCACUGUUACAUUGUCAGAACCAUUAGGACAAAGGUAGGUAUUGUUGACUGAAUAGUUUAUAAUAAACACUGUAAAUAUUGUUUAGAGGGUUUUAUGCUUAAAUCACAAAAACAUAUUACUUCAGCAUUAUUCUUUAAUUCCACUGCACUGAUAGUUUGUAAAAUUGUUGACUAUGUAAUGGUGUUGCAUAAUUAUAAAGAGAAGUGUAUAUGUAUAGAUAUUCAUUGACUGUUGUGACAAUUUUAAAAUGAUUGUGUAUGUAAUUUUAUAGCUUCUAUAUACUGAAAAAUCAAAAGGGAACUAUCUUCAAUUCACAUUGAAUUUCAUGUUUUUAGUUUUGAUGAUUUUUUGUGCUUUGAUCAGCUCUCAUAAUAGUAUGUGCUAGCACAUAACUUACUGAAUUUUGGUGCAUAAUCAAAUUUAUUCAAUUUUAUAUAGCAAAAAGUUUCUAUUUUUGUUUACUAAUUGAAAGCUUUGUAGUUAUAUGGACUGCAGUAUACAAUUUUUAUUAUGUUUUGUACUGUAUAUAUACUGGUACUCUAUAUUAUAUGCUGUAAUUUAUCAAUUUAUUCACUUUUCAAUGAUAGGAAAAGUAAUUGCUUUUUGUAUUCUCGCCAUCUUUAUAUUCACGCUUCCCUUUCCUUUAUAGUCAUGUAACAAAACACCUAGAGUCCUUAUUCAUUAUUACUAUAUUUAUUAUUCACCAGGACAUGAGAUGAGUAUAAGGUUUUUAUGUGGUAUAAAGAAUACAUAUUAGGUUCCCUUAGAUAGAGGUAUUUCUAUUUUUUACAUAAAAAGUAGUUUAAGAGAUGUAAAGCUGAGAAGUACAUAGUGACGAUAGUGUUAUAUAUAAUACUACAUACAUAGUACACUUCACACCUUUGUCUCUUAGGCCAGAGGUACACAAGCCACUGUGUGGCAUCAGUGUGUGGUGUGGAUGUGGUUUCCCAUAGGUAUCCAUUGUUUAUAAGCUGUGGCAGGGAUCACCGACAGCUCACCACAGUCACUUGCCACAGGCUCUCAUGUGUUCGACAUAGCUUAUAAACAAUGGAAACCUAUGGGAUUCCACAUCACCACCAUGGCACCGUAGACCGGCUCGCGUACUUCUGGCCUAAGAGUGUUGAAAAUUAUACUAAUACUGUACCUUUGUACGUAGUACAGAACUGUACCAUUUCAGAAUUUUUUUCUCAUGUAAAGUUACAAGAAUUAUUUUUUUUUUAAGUACAUAUUCAAUUUUGACUAUGAAGUUUGCAUACUUCUUUCACACCUUAUGUUUUCAUGGAGUUUUACUCAAUUUUCAAUUACAUUGUUGUGGUGACAGCAUAGCACAUGAGGAAUACAAUAAAUAUAUAUUUUUGUGUUCUAUUCCAUUUUUUCAUUGCUUUGUAUAUUUCAUCAAUGGCUCAGUAAAAUACUGCAUCAUCAUUAUUGUUUUUGAUGGCAUAAAGGAUGAAAAAUGCAUGAAGUUGAGUGGGAAACAAGAAAAAACGGCAAAUUGUUUAGCUUAGUGUUAUACCCUAUUUAUUGCAAAUUUUAAGUACGCUUUUGAAAUGAUUAAUUAAUUGCCUGAUUUUAGUGACCUAAUCUUGACAGUAAUUCGUACAGCUCAAAUUUUUAAAAUUGAAAAAUAAGCAGUUAUUAAGAGUAAGUUUUGAAAAUAUUUUACCAAUUUAUUUGAAUUACCAAAUAGCAAAAAUUUUAGAACUACAUAAGAAUCUCAUUAUUAGUAUACCCCUCAUCAAUUCUUUAGUUUUUCAUCAAGAAAAGUUGACUUUGGUAAAUUGAUGAAGCUGAGAUGGUCAGUGUAAGUGUGAGGCAAGUUACAAGCUAAGAUGGGAUGCUAUGUGAAUAAGAGAAAUAAGAAGGCCAAUUAUUGGAUUAGAUUUUAUCCAUGUAUUUUUUCAUGGCAGUCCCCGGUUAUCGAUGGGGGUUUUGUUCCGAACGGCAUGAUGAUAACCGAAAAUCACCGAUAACCAAAAAUUGGUUGUAAUAUUGCCAAUAACCAAAUAUUGACGUUAAUAGUAUUGUGGAUUACUCAGGAACGGGCCUGGUAGGAAGAGAUAGCACAUGUCGGCUCCAGAAAUUCAGUUAUUGUCAUCACCAACCGGUGACUGCCGUAUAUCCUUCAAGAUAAGUUCUUUGUCUUAAGCAUUCAUUUUGAUUGGUAUAAUCCUUAUGCUUCCAUUACCCAUUACCAUGUACUGACAAUAACAUUAAGUAUAUGUUGCUUGUAUAUUUCUCUUCAGUACAGAUCAGCUAUCUAGUGCUAAUUUUGUUAAGCCUACUAUGUGAGCCUUGUACUAUAAUCUUACAAUUUUUGUUUUGCAGAAAAAUAGACAGUUUUCAUAUUUAGGACUGUUAAGGGAAGAGUAGUACCAGUUUCCUAACCAUAUGGAUGUUUUUCUUAUAAUUUGAUUUAUUCAUGGAAUAUUUUGCUUUUAACAUAAUUUUUAUAUUGUGUUAAGAGUAGCUUCUACCAAAAAUUUGAUUGCUCUUGGGCAUAUUAUUCAGUUUACAGAUAAAAUUUAGUUUUUACUUCCAUUUUCUUCACUAGAGCUUAACAAUUGUACCAUAAAGAAUCCCCCAAUAUUAUGCUAUGUUAUCAUUUUUUCCUUUAAGCCCCAUUACAACAGAUGUUUUAUUAUUGUUAAAAGUUUGAGAUGUUGUAUGUUACAAAUUAUGUAAAUUUAUGUUAGCUUAAUAUCCAUUGAAGUCAAAUUUACAGCUUAAUAAAUUAGCGCAGUGGUCUUGGCAAUUGUUGCCAAAUAUAAGUAACCAAAUUUUUUUUGUAGGUCAACAAAUUUAACUCUCAAUUUCAAAUGCAGUUACAGUAAUACCUCGACGUACAAGUGCUCCAACAUACGAGCAUUCCGAGAUACAAGCCAGCCUCCGAGCAAAAUUUUGCAUCGAGAUACGAGCACGCUUACAGAUGCUAACGCUAGAUGGCUGAGCACUUUGGAGUGCUCUAAUCCUACUUCACUCAUUCAGUUAACGUGGUUGUCGACUUCCAUACGCGUCUCCCGAGUAUCUCCUGUGUUGUCUUUGCAUUAUUUACGUGAUUUUUACUGUAUUUGUGAACAUUCUUUGUAGUAAGUGAAAAAGGCAUGAUGAAGAUGGAGAUUAAGCAUGAAAUUAUUGAGAAACAUGAGUGUGGUGUCCGGAUGAGUGAGUUGGCAUGUGAUUACGAGCAGAGUACACACCGCUGUUAGCUGCUAUUGUCUGCCUCUAAGGUAAGAACUCAUAAUAAAACCACAUUUCAUUUCAUAUCACAGUAAUCAUUUAUUAUAUUAUUUUGUGUGUGUGUGUGUACAGUACUAUGUCUAUACAGUAUAGCAAUUAAAACCAUGUUUUUUUUCAUUGUUAUUAUCAUUGAGUUGGGUGUUUUUAGAAGGCCGGAACAGAUUAAAUUUCUGUCAGUUAUUUUAUAUGGGAAAAAUUGAAUUGAGAUACGAGCAAAUUGACUUACGAGCUCGGUCAGGAACGAAUUAUAGUACUUGUAUCUCAAGGUAUUACUGUAUGUGCUGUUUAAAAUGUGUGAAUUGCCCCCUGCAGCAUUAUGUAAAUAACAUUGGUAAGCAUCUAAUGAAGUUGAGUGAAGAGAUGGUCUAACAUUAGUCUUUUUAAUUUUGCACGAUAGCCUGAAUGUUACAAAGCUAUGUAUUUUAUUCAUAAGGGAAGGAUUAUUCAGACUGCAUAGUUGAUUAACAUUUUUAGGCUGUUUUUCAUAUUUUAACACUGUAAUCAACUUCAUCUGACCUACAAACAAAAAUACUAUUAUAUAUAGCACCUGCCAUGACUAAUUUUUACACCAUCCCAAUAACAAAAAUUCGUUAACCCCUUCACCAGUGGGAUGUACACAUGUACAUCUUUUACGGUCCAGUAAUAAGAAACUGCAAUGUACACUUAUAAGUCUUUCAUCCCUCCUCAAAAAGCAAAGCUGUUUUCUUUAGCUUGGAUGGUUUUCAGACGUAGUAUUGUGUAUGAGAGUGGUGCUGAAGCUCCACCCACUAUUCAUUCUAGUCAAUGAGCGUCUGAUGGAACGUUGUGAUGUCAUUGUCAUAAGGGAUAUUACGAUGGCUAUUGUCUAACACUUGCCAGUGCGCCUCAGGCUAUUAUCUGAGACGGAUGAUCACGAUUUUGUCCGUAAACCAUGUAGAUUUGAAUUCUAAACCUUUUUUCCUUUUGAUUGCAGUUAUUUUAUAUGGAUUUUUUUUUUUUUUUUAGUAUCAUGUCAGAUGAUAGUGUUUCAGAGUCAGGGUCUGAGUACCUGCCAGAUAUAUGAGAUAAUGAUUAUAGUAACUGUUUCUUAGAGGAUGACGGUGACAAUGAGUGUUUGGAAGACAUUGAACCUAUUGUCAAUGAAGGUUUGCAGUUCAUGACUGAUCCAUUUUGUGACGUGCUCCCAGACCCAGCCCCCCGAUUCACAGAGGGUGACAAUGGGAUCUCUACUUACAUACCAGAUUUUGCCUGCUUACAUGAUGCAGUUUUUUUUUUCUUUCUUUUUGUGGAGAUGUAAUUGACAAAUUGUGUGAAUGGAUGAAUGCUUGGGCAGUGGAGUAUUUUUGUUCAACAGGAAAGCGUAAGGAGUAUGGACUUCUAUGGAGGCUUGUUACACGUGAUGAGAUGUAUGUAUGUUUUUUUUAUAGCUUUUAAUGUGGGUGAAUAAAAUGCCCUGUAUGUAUAUGCAUUGGUCUUAGAUGUUGUUGCUUAUAUUAUUAUCAUUAUUACUAUUAUUACCAUAUUAUAAUUAUUAUUUUUUUUGUUAUUUUCCUAUUAUUAUUAUCAUUAUUAUUAUUAUUAUUAUUAUUAUUAUUAUUAUUAUUAUUAUUAUUAUUAUUAUUAUUUAUCAUGUUUUAUUGUCAUUACCAAUGCAGUAAACUUUCAUUGAUGUAUACACUGUUUCCGUAUGAAACCUAGGACUAACUGUUUUUGUAAGAAAACUGGUACUACUGCUAUUACUACUGUGUACUACUACUGCUACUAUUUUACUAAUACUUUACUACUUUUUCUGCUACUUUAUUUCUACUACUUUAUAACUGUUUCUAUUUCUGCAAUUACUUUUUCCACAAUAUAUUCCUCUUUUUUCCAAUAUCCUUAUAUUUUUCCUCUUUUAUUAUUAUUAUUAUUUAUUUUUCCUGGCCAAUGAGGUAAAAAAUAUUCAUUGAUAUAUACACAAUGUUUUCACAUAAGAAUAUAAAGGAAAAAUAUGAAUUACAUGAAGUUUAGUGGGGGGCAAGUGAUGAUUGAUUUACUCGCUGUCGACGGGGUCUCAUGCGGUAUGCAAGCAUUUGCAGCAAUGCAUCAGGCCAGUGGCAAAGGGGUUAAAAGCAUUUAGGUACACAUUUUAAUGAAUCAUUACAUUUUGCAUUAAAGUUUAUUAAAUCAGUGCCAAAAAUUGCCAAAAGCAAUAUUUUAAGGAAAAUCCUUUAACACUAACCUUGUUACUUCCUUUGGUUGAAGACAACAGUUCUUUAAGUGGAUACCAAACCAAGUUCAGGACUACCAGGCAAAAGCUUCUUCACAAGGUCUCUGUUCAUCCUCUAAGUAACCAACAAGAUGAUCUAACAAAAUUGCAGCUCGGCAGACUGUUCAAGGAAACAAGCACCAAACUUAUGCACAAUAUAUAUUCUGAGAUAUGUGCAAAUAUAUUCAUACACUGUAGUCAAGCCAAAAUAACCAUGAACAUGGCUGUCAUUAGCCGGAUUCUCGGGGUUCUUUUUAGAAUAAAGCGACCAUUCCGGGACAAGGCCAACUUAAUUUACAAUCUAUGCGGAACCAGUAACUUUUUUUUUUUUUUUUUUUUGCAUUUUCCUCUUUUCCAAAUGACCAAUUUUAAUGGGAAAUUUUAUAAAUAUGUAUUAAGCUUAUCAUAAUAAAACUAGGGAAACUUUCCAAGAAGUCGUCACCCAUCCUACUGAAAACACAGAAAUAGAAACAGAUAAGAUUAAAAUAAAGAUAAUGGCUGAAAAUCUGUCAGCAUUGCAUUAUUCUAACAAUUACCAUUUGUUAACAUACUGAAAAUGUAAAGAAUAAAGAAAGGAAGUUGUUACAAACAUCUCCAGUAAAAUAAAUAAAAGUGAAGGUUGUAACUAGUCCCUCCAUUUUGCCCUGUAAUCAACAAGUGGGAAGCAGAGGAGAGGAGGAAUCCUAUCCCCAUUCCUACAUGGAGAAAUUACUAAAACUCGGGCAGUUCUCUUGCUUAUUAUGUGUAUAGUACUUUGCCAUGCUUAGUAACAAUACUGUCAACCAAGUGAGAAUGAAUUUGAAGUAUAAUUUGAUGGGCCACACAUUUUGUUUAGCAUUCUUCUAAUGUGGCUCCUUUUGUACCUCGUGGCCCUUCACUUGGCCCAGUAAGGCAGAAUGCAGGAUUGGUAAGCAUUAGACUGUGGUCAACAAACCAUCAGAGAGAGUUUUUUACAAUUUAGUUGAAAUGAUUAGCUCUCAGUUUUACAAGUACAGUACGUAUACUUAUGAGUAUUCUUUCUAGGAAACCGUUCAUUUCAAAUAUUCAAGUUUGUUUCCAAACCCAGCUCCUUAAAACCAGCAAUAUAAUACCCAGAUCUUUCCCUCUGAAUCUUAAAGUCUGCAAAAGUAUUCCCAUGGAAGAACAAAAGAAAGAUAGGUGAAAGGGAAAUAAAUUGUAAAAGAAAAGUAUAUGGAAUGAUUCAAAGAAAAAAUCAGAAUUGAAAAUAGAGAAAUAAGCUAUAUACAGGCACUCUCCCGGGUUACGACGGGAUUUCCGUUCUUGAGACGCUUUGUAAGCCGAAAAUCGUCGUAAGCCAGAACAUCGUCAAAAAUCCUAAGAAAACCUUACUUUUAAUGCCUUGGGUACAUUAAAAAACUAUGUAAACUGAAUUUUUAUAGCAUUUUUCAUCAGAAAAACCUUCAAAUAUUGAUUAUUUUUUAUUUUUGGAGUCGUAUUUCUUCUGCCAGAUCACCGUUGUAGGCGUCGUAAACCUGCAAAUAAUUUCUGAUAAAUAUAAUUGAAAAGCGUUGUAACCUCGGAACGUCAUAAGCCGAACCCGUCCUAAGCCGAGGGCUGCCUGUAAUUAAAUAGUGUGUGAAUAUGAAAAGAAUGAACCAAAGCAAUUAUUUGAGUGAAAGUGAAAAAUAUCUCUCAUUUCACCAUUGUCUUCCAUAGGUGUGUAUCCUUACCAUUACUUCUUGAAAGAAUGUGGUAAAUGGAAGUGACUUGGGAUGAGGUGAAGGAGUAGAGAACUUAUGAUUGGAUGAUGAAAAACAUUUGGGAAAAGAUUGAGGGUGGUACUAUUUGGAGAAUUUUCGUAAAGUAUGAAAUAAAAGCAUGUUUUAAGAACCUGCUCAAGCUCAUACUUUUCUUUUCCCUUCCUUCUAUCAUUUGCAUGCACUUUUAUUGUUCUAAUAUCCUUUCACCACUUUCCUUCCCUUAUUCUCUUAUUUUUAAAACACCAAUCCAGGAGACUGUUAUGGAGAAUGUCUGAUAGCAUUGAAUGUAGUUUUUUAUGCUCAUUCUUAUGCAUCAAAUAUUGCGUAGGCAAAACAUUUUGUACCAAAAGAUCAUAUAUACAGGAGUAUUACUGCACUUUUACUUUCACCAUGAAUAUACCAGUGAAUGCUAUCAUUACAAGGCUUUAUAAUGUAUGCAAUGGAAUUAUAGCCAGUCUUUGUGAGGGCCUGUCUUUGUAAAUAUUAAAAAGAUUAACUUUUUGACCCUUAUGAGAAAACAUUUUCUACUGUAUGUUGUUAAAAAUGGUAUUUGAAUGUUGAUGUAAAUUUAGAAGUCUGGCAAUAAUUCUAUCUGUUUUAUGCUAAUGUGAAACGUGCCAUUCUAAUAUAGUAUUCCUUAUGUGGCUUGCUGUAUGUAGAAAGUUAUGAUGAUAAUUAUGUUGACAUCAAGAACCCUGGGAUUUGUAGUCUUGAUAUUUUUGCUCUUGUUUGGUUUUGAAUGUCUAUUUUUGCUUUAAUAUUUCUGCUUCCAUAGUUUAUCAGUGUCUGUCCUUAUUAGUCUGCCUUUGAAGUAAUGUUGAAAAUUGGGUAAAAAUUUUCUAUUAAUAUAAGGUCAUCUUCAGGAAUGAAUGGUAUCUGGUAAUGGAAAAUUAAAAUCAACCAUGAAUUUGUUUGGAAGUAACGACUGGAUAUUCCAUAUAUGGUAAAUUAUGUGCGAAUUUAGCUAAUCCCAGACAUUGCCUUUCUCAGAUAUCUAGACUAUGGAGCUACAAGACUUUAAGAAAACAUUGGAUAUUACUGAAGAUAUUGUGUUAUUGUUGAUAGUAGUAUUUGCUGAUCAUUUUUUCAUGGUAUUAGUCCCAAAUCUGUUCUGCUGUAAUGACUAGUUGCCAUUGAUAUCAUUUGUAAAUUGUGAGCAAAAUUUAUUGCACAUGUAUUCAGUAUAUCUUAGGCCAUAUACUGUAUGCAGAACAGUUUGUAUAGCUUUGCAUAAAUAUGCUAUUUUGAACAAAAAAAAUAUUCAUGGCUGCUAUUUUAACAGGGUUUGGCUAUUUUUAACACACUCAUUAUUACCAGAGAAUUCACUAUUUUGAAAAGAAAAGAAAUGUAGAACCUGUUGGACAAUCAUAUCAGUUUUCAAACUCUUAGGAUUUAUUGCAUUGACGUAAUAUUGAUAUAAUGUUAGUUGCUUAUAUUUUUUCAAAAACAUUUAAGGUUUUUAUACAAAUUACAAAUCCUCUUUCAUAAGCCUAAUUGACCAAUUAAUUCAUGAAAAUCAACUACUGAACCCGUGCUGAAAGUGAAUAAAUCUGCUGUGGGUUGAUGCUGAGACCCUCAAAUAAGAAGGGCCUAAAUGUCAUCAGUAAGGUGCUCUAAUUUCUUGACUUUUUCCAUGGUGAGGUAGGUCACAUUAUGAACUACAUAUUUUUUUAUUGAUCCCCAUUUUCUGCAUUCAGUUUUUCUUCUAGGUGUCGGUACUUAUGGAUUCUCAAAAUUUUCAGUUGCAGUGAAGUGAAACAGUCUUCAUCCUCACAUAAAUUCUAAAAACUAAGCUUUAAGUUGCCAAUGCUAGAGUGCAAAGGCCACAUAUGAUGGCAUAUAAAUUGCACCUUCAUUAUCAAAAGUCAAUGUUAUUAGAGACCUUACAUAUUUAUGAGCAUCUAGUCAUGUACGUAUAAUUAACUUUCAGGCAGCAUUCAGAGUCCUAUUUUGUAGCACUUAUAGAUAAUUAAAUUUUGAUCUUUUGAGAUGUUUGCAAAUUUUAAUGUUAGGUAGCCUAACCUUUCCUCAAAUACAAAUAUUCAGUUCCUUAUUUUAAUUUACUUAUAUCAAGGAAGGUGAAGCUUUUAAUCUUAUUUGUCCUUUUGUGAACCACUACAAAAUUUUGCUAAUGCUGUGAGUUGGCUGUGCUGUACUUAUAAAUGAAACAAAAAUCAAGACUUACAUUCAGUUUUGUGAUACCAGGCCAUUAUGAAUUUGGAAAAUUUUGGACUUGCUAAACAUAUCAACAUAUCAUCAGGAAUGCUUUCAUAAAAAUAGACAAAUGGUCUUCAUCAGUAGGUUUCCAGUUCUCCAGAGAAAAGACAUUACCUUAUGAUUAGACAACCUCACAUAGCAUAUACCCAUAAGUCAAACAGCAAAAGUUUACAGCGUUAUUUUUAACACAUCUAAAAUAGAAAGGGUGUGUAGCCCAUUUAAAAGGCAAUUGCAAAAAUUCAUUAAAAAUGAAAAAUUGAUCUCACACAAACUGCAGAGCUGACACCUACCUUUACAUUGCUAUACAAAUCAACUUUAUGUCUAUCCUAGCCUAUGGGUGCCAGAUAUAUAGUUUAAUCGUAGAUCAAACAUUGAAAAGUUUAGAUCCAGUUCAUAAUGAACUCAAAAUAUGCACAGGAGCUUUUAGAUCUUCACCACAUUCUUUUAGCCAAUUAAAAAAGGCAAUGAACUGCCUCUAAAUCAUCUGUGACUUAGUAAAGGUGCAAAAUUCAAUAAAAUUACAAGGAAGGGAUUCAUAAACUCAAAACUUUUUAAUCAAAGCGAUAUAAUUUAUAAACAGUGAUCACGACAUUUCCCAUUGACAGUUGGUUGACUGUUUGAGUCAAACACGCAUCAAUAAAAAGUAUCAGUACAUAUUGUUACAGAUUACUACUGUUGUUAUAAAUCACUCACAGUAUGGGCUAAUAUAAAGUUUUAUAUUUUACCUUUAUCUUUGAAUGUUGACAGAAUAAAGUCAGAUAUAUUACAUCAAGGCUAAGAAGAACUACUUUCGUGCAUUUUACGCUACUCCCCAAAUUUAUUGUUCACAGAUCAAUGCGUUCAUGGAUUUUAUCCUAGAAAUUUAUGAGAGUGCGUAAUCAAAUUCCCGUUAAUAGUACAUUAUACCGAGCAGAAUACAUAAUACUUCAUACAUUUGUUGUACUAAAAUAAAAAUAAAAAUCUCAAAAAAGUAAAAUUAUAAACCAACUCUAAAGCUAUUUUUACCACUAAAUAUACAGUUGUGUUGGUUUUAUUUUGGAACUACGUACAGCAUUGGAAAUUUUUUUUUUUUUUUGAGUUAAAGAAUGUAAUUAGGCAGUGCUACGGAAAAUUACAAUGUAAUUACAAUGCACAUAAUAGUACUUUUUCAGCUAUAUGGCUGAAUAGGAGGAAAAUUCUCAGUGUCAGUGGUUUUGAUAUAGUAUAUCACUCAGAAAUUUUGGUGGAUUAUACACUUUACUGUUAGUUCAUUGUUACGCAUUAAAGGGUCCUUUAUUACAGGAAUGAAUAUGUAUCAUUGUCCAUUCCUGAGGGUUUUUGCACAGAAAUUUCACCAGGAAAGUUCUGUAUGGGCUUUCUUUACAGGCUAUUAAUUUAUAAUUAUAUUCUUCUUGUAUUUUUAUUUAGCCUCCCACAAUUCCGUCCAUGUAAAUAUCAAAUAUAAAGUGCAAUAUGGUCAUGUAGACCAUGUUAAGUGUUCAACAUGAUCUCUCAAUUGAUGUGAUGGAUGGGCUAUUAUAAUUUAUUCUUCUUUUAGACAUUAAGCCUAAUUUAUGAUGUUUGUGGAUGUGGUUAUAAGAAAAUUUUCUUCAGUGCAAUAUUAAUCAUUUGUCUCAUGAAUUUAUGUUUGUUUCAUCUUCCCCUUGCUUGCUGGCUCUUUGAGCAUAAUGUUCUUUCUUAUUGGUUACUAGUUUUGCUAAAAAAAAAAUUUAAUUGCUACAUAGUAUGAAACAUGUUAUCUAACUAAGAGAGUAUAUCCUAUGUUCAAGAAAAUGUUCCCCCAUUUUUUGAUAUUUCAGUAUAUUGUGUGUCCUCUUAAAAUGCAAUUUUAUGAUAUUGUAUGAUUGUAAAUUAUAUUGUAUCAAAAUGAUUACAUAAUUUACAGUAGUAUCUAUUGGAGGAAGGAGCCGUGGAGUUUGUAAACUGUGGGCAUAUUUCCUACAGAUGUGUCCCUAUCAUUUAAGGAGACAAAUUACCUCAGGUGAUUCUGUAGCAUCAAACUGUUGUUUGAAUGUUUAUAUCCAAGGCUAGAAUCACAUCAGAUAUUUAGUAAAAUCAUUUCAUUUCUUAAUUUCUUUUUUAUUUUAUCUUUGGAGUGAUUUAGAAACUUCCAAAUGAAAAGUUUCCAUAAAAUACAUACAUAUUUGCAAAUUUUUACACUCGUAAAAUGUCUCAUUCUAAGUUAAUUCAUACACAUUAACUAGUAUUAUACAUUGUGAAUGCAUUUUAGAUGCUACAUUUACACUGCAAUCUUUCUUGGAACUAUUUUGAUAUUUAAUUAGCAUUUGUUACUUGUUUCUCAGCUAGUUUUAUGAAAAAAAGGCAACUUGUAAAUUAUAUUUGCAUUAGUUAUUGUAUGUACAUACCAUGUUGUACACUAAUGUCAUUUUACCAUACAAUCUCUCUCUCUCUCUCUCUCUCUCUCUCUCUCUCUCUCUCUCUCUCUCUCUCUCUCUCUCUCUCUCUCUCUCUCUCUCUCUCUCUCUCUCUCUCUCUCUCUCUCUCUUAAGUGUUGAAGGGCUUCAUUUAUUAUAUGGAAACAUAUUAUAGCUUGAAUUUAGAAACCGUAGCAGUAUUUUAUAUUUACACCUCUUGGAACAUUCAGACACAGUACUCGUUAGUAGUUGUAUCAGAACCCAUGACUCAUAUACAGCCACGUUUGAGGUCUUUGAAUGUCCAUAGACACUGUACUCUUUAUGCCUGAUGGACAGAAGAAAAGCUGUAGCAUGGCGCAUGUGGUACCUUGAACUUUGGUGUCCAUCAGUCACCUGCCUCCAUUUUUGUCUGCUACUUUGAUAGCAGUUGAGCAGAAUUCUCAAGAUUGUUACCUUUACGAUUGCCAGUAGUAUACAUCAUUAUUCUUAAUGCAGUAAUUAAUCAUCUAAUUCAUUCUUUUCACCCUUUUCAUUCCUGUGACUUUUACACCUCGGCAGAUACAAUAUGUAGUUAUCUAUUAUAGGUUGCUGCCAAUAAGAUUGCCAACCUUGAGGUUAGCAAAUGUUAAAUGUAAGUAUAAAUUCUCUUUGUUUCUAAGAACAUUUGUUUGCAUCAAUUCUCAAAUUAGACACACUAAUGCAUUUCUGAGACUCCUAGAACAUUCACAUUACUUCUGUUUAGACUCAUCAGGCAGGUCCUAGACAAAAAAAUGUGAGAGUGACCUUCAUUCCUUCUUCUUUGGCUGCAACGGAAGUGGUUUACCAACUUCCUCUCCAUUUAGACAGAUAAUCCAAGGGGUAUUGCUGUAUAGAUGUAUUUUCAGGAACCUUUUUUUUUAGAUCAAUUGAAAAUCUAGAGAUAAAGCAUCUUUAAACUAUCAAGAGGUCUCUGAAGUAAAGGAUUUUUGGCAGUAGCAGCCAAAGGCAUUGCCAUACCUUGCAGAGCUCCAGCCAUCAACAUCAAUGAAGGCAAUUGAAGCAAUUUCUAUACAUAUUGUUCAGUGGCAGACAACGGACAGUAAUGCAGUGUACUAUUAAUUUUUCCCUUAAUUGUGGUUGAAUUUCCUAUGGUGAGGUAAGAGGUUAUUAAUCUCAAAUAUCAAGGACUACUGGACCAUCUAAACCUCUCGGCUGCAACCUUUUCUCUGUAUUACAUAAUCUCACUGCUGGAUCUCACACAGAAGACUGUUUUUCUCUUGGUGUUUGUAAGUUAAAUGUACUUUCUUGUUAAGUAUCAACAUUUUAAGGGCAGAGCUUAUAGAGAUUUGUUCUUUUCAACUGAUCCAGUGGAAGUGCCAGUCUACCUUCGCGAGGUUUUUAGCUUAGAACUUAAAUGUGUAACUGAAUGGAUAAUAUUCAUUUGGACUAGGAAUAAUAUUUUGUCACAUUUCACUCAAAUGUGAAACCUUAGAGGAACCAUCAUCUUCAUAAUUCUCUCACUUCUCAUCCAUUAUAUCUUUUGCAUCUCUCAUGUACAGUAAGUGUCUUUGUUUUCCUAAACCAGUUGAUACCAAUACAGAUACAAGUGCCUUACUUCACAUUCUAAAGGGGCCCAUCCCUAUGUACAAGAACUCCCAAGUUACCAGAGCUUCAUUUCCUGACCUGUCUUAGUCUCCUAAUACUUUUCUGUCCCUCAUAUCUUGGUCACAGCUCUGGAGCAUUCAACAGCUUGGUCUACCCACUUAAAUUGGGGUUCAUAUGGGAGAACAUAUACAUAUAUGAUUACAGUGAAAAAAAGAGUGAAUGUUUUUAUAAGACAAAAUUAGUCUUUUACAGACAAAGCCCACAUUCAUGUAUGAGUGGCCUUCUGGCCCCUUUGAUUUUGCAGCCUCAUACAUAUUUAUAAAGGUGAUUGGUGUAUACCUAAGGUAUCAGGUGGCAGAUGUGCCUUGCUACGAAACUUGUCUGUUGUAUGAAAACAUGCAUUGUAUCAGAAUAUUUGAAGGACGAAAAUGUGGCAGAUAUUUGAGUAAUGGGUUUGUAUGGAAAACUACGGUGUAAUUUUGUUUUAUAUUAAAAAAAAAUGUGUUGAGUCAAGUUACUCUUGAAAUACAUCAGGGUAUGUUAAUAACUACAUUUCCAGCAGCAGUUCUGCUCUGUAUAGUGAUGUUAUGUAACAUUGUUCAUGUAUAAGUGUUGGUACAAUAGUUGUAAUUAUGCACAGUAAUGAGUUUUUUAUGAUUUUUUUCAUAUGGUGCUACAAAUUGAUGCAGAAUAUAGUGUGGAGGAAUUUUCUGAAAAGGUUAACAGUGUGUAUUUAAAGAAACAGGAAAAUUGCUAAUGUGUAGUCUAUAGUUGUGACAAGAUUGUAUACUUUAUUCUGUUUUGUAGGUAAUCUCUAGUAGCCUUAAGUUAGAAAACUUAAUUUUGAUUUGAUGGAGGUGUUCAAGGUUGGGAUAAAUGUUCCCUAAAGGUCCUUUACUUUCAUAUUUAUUUACACCAGACAAAACUCUUUUGAAUGAAAAUAUUCUUUGACCUUUCCAGUAAGCAGUAGAUUCCAAAAAUAAUGGUUUUCAUGAUCAAAAAGUUUUUCUAAUUGGUGGUUGACUUCAUUAUGUGACAUAUGUUCCAUGAAAACAAGAUUUUCUGAUUUGGCAUUGUCUUUGCUCUAUUAUUUUAUAAAUGGUUUAAGAAUUUUUUUGGUUUAAUAUUUUUGUUCUGUUCUUGAAGUGUUUAAUGGAUGAAAUAUUGUUUCAAUUGUUUUAUUUCAUGCCUUGACUGAUCAUCAUUCAAGGCAUUGCUCCUCUUUGUAGACAUAGUCAAAUAUUUAAGCAGUAUUCCUGUAUUUUGAUAUAUGUGAGUUGUUACCUAUAUAUACAGGAUUUCUUUUCAGAAUUUGGAAACGGCAAAUUAAAUUUUAUUCUUAAUUGAAACGAAAAGUUCCAUCUUUGGCUGUUUUUGUAAUAUUAAGUAUUGGUAAUUGUUAUGGCAAUGCGACUAAAUUAAGUAGCUGUACUUAA